UCUUCUUCCAUUCCGUCUCCUCCCCAUAUCCAUUGACCAAAUCAAUCCCGCCAUUUCCAUUCUACGCCUGAAGUGGUAGUGUUGUCCAAUUCAUUCAUGCUACGUGAGCGGUAGCUUCAAGCAACUGCAUGCAUGCACAGACGCUAAAUAGACGUCAAGAUCGCGCGUUCUCCUGGCAACCAUGCUGCGUGCGCACCUUCGACUACCUCUGGGCGCGAUGCUGCACCGCGUCCCCGUAUCUGCCCUCCUCGUCGACAAGGCAAUGGCAAUGGCAAUGCCAACGGUGGUGAUGGGGGGCGGGUACCGCCCGCGGCGGAGCCUGCACGGCGGCGGCGGGGACUCGCCGAGCAAGUGGAGGAAGCCGGAGGCGGGGCGCCUGAAGCUCAACUUCGACGGGUCCUCCAGGCACGCGUCCCAGAGCGCGAGCAUCGGCGGCGUGUACCGGGACCACAAGGGCGAGUUCGUGCUGGGCUACGCGGAGCCGAUCGGUGCGGCGACGAGCUCCGUGGCCGAGCUCGCCGCGCUCCGGCGCGGGCUGGAGCUGGCACUGGAGAACGGGUGGAGCGGCGUCUGGGUCGAGGGCGACGACCUGUCGGCCGUGGAAGCCGCGCGGGGGAGCCACAGGCGCCCGCGCCUAGGCAGGGCGGAGGAGGACCUGAGGCUGUGGAAGGAGAUCGCCGAGCUGCUCCCGCUGCUCGGCGACGACAUGGCCGUGUCGCACGUGCGCCGGGGAGGGAACAGGGUGGCGCACGGGUUCGCGAAGCUCGGGCACAGCGUGCCGCGGCCGCGGGUGUGGCGCGGCGUGCCGCCCGCCGAGGUGCUGAAGUACCUUCAGCGGGACGCCGGCAGGAAAUAGUGCGCGCAUGGAAAUGGUGGUCGCAUGCAUACUCGCAGAUCAAUGCUAACUUACGUACUGAUGUGAUGGUUAAAGUAGGUAAUCGUGUCAUACAAAAUCUCCGGAUAGUUUUCCUUGUAUAGGUGCCUUGGAGAUCAAGUUAUAAUCCUAUAACUACUACUAACCUUUGAUUGUCUCAGCUUGGUUAGGCGUCUACUCCAAUGUUCUAGUAAACUGAGAAUUGUAAAUUUAU